AUGGCUCUAAAUGAUGUCUUCCAAAGAGACGGUAUGGAACCUAAUAAUCAUGAUAAAAAUGCUGACCCCCAACAUGAAAGUAAAAAGGGCUGGUUUUCCUGGUUUACUUCUACCAAUGAGCCAACGAAUUCUGGGAGUGCAGAUUUCGAUUUAAAUGACGAACUUGAUGAUACGGAUGAUGAUAUAAUUUCAUCUAAAACGCAAAAAGACCCUGGUGUGUUCCAAAAUUUUUUAAGUUGGGCUAGUGUUUGGAAUUCUAAACAACCCGAGGAUCCCAUUCUGGUGAAACCGGUAGAAUACCAUAAAUUGACAUCUAAGCAGAUUCAAUUAUUAGAACAAGAAGCGUUACAAGCUCUUUCAAGAGGUUAUGAAUCUUGGUGUUGGCAUACCGAGUACUUACCUGACAUAGGUAAUAAUUCUGGAAAUUGGAGUCUUAUAGAGGGAGAACUUAGUAUUGCUAAUACUGGAUCGCAGAGAUGUCAAUUGCCAAUGAAGUUUUAUCCAAUAAGUGACCGCUGCGAAAAUGUUAUCUAUGUUAAUAAUUCUCUUCUUUUGCCUGGAUAUUCACCAAAUGAGUAUUUUCAUCCUAUGCCAUGGACUACAAAAGCUGCUUCAGUUCUCAAGAAGUAUUGUAAUUAUGCUGGGGAAUCACAUCUGUAUCUAGCUGAUGAGGAACAGAGUUCGGUAAAUGAUAAGAAACUGUUAGUAAUUAGUAUUACUGGUGCGUUACCGGAAAGGUAUGAGAAGUUGGUCCUUGGGAAAACGUGUUCUUCAAGAAAUCUGUCUGAACAACUUGCGCAGUCUUUAAAAAGUGAACGCCCCAAAUCUAUAACAUGCAUUUCUAUGCACUGUCCACUAGACAAGAAAUCUGUGGAUGUGUGCGUUCAGGAAUGUAUCAACCUCCUUUGCAAUUGGCGAACAACAUUCCAAGAAAUUGACGGCUUAUUUGUUGUUGGCGUAUACCAUAGUGUUCCACUAGCCAUUAAAUUGAUAGAAGCCAUUAUCAAAAAUCAUAGUAUCUUCCAAGUGGAUAAAAAAUCUGCCAUAGGCUUGCUAUCAUUUAAUUCAUGCCUUGGAGGCUACAAAUUCUGGGAUCACAGCGCAGACGUCGUGCUAGAAGAAGACGCUAGUUUCCAGUCAUAUAGGGAAAGGACUUUGUUUCAAGGCGCAACAAGAUUACAAAAGGAGACUUUAUCAAAAAUUAAGAACUACGGUAGAAGGGAUACCGAGGAAUCAAUAAGCAUAGAACAAUCUUUGGAUUGGUUAUUUCAUACCUGCAAAAAUUUUAAAAUAACUAUGGUAAGUUCAAUGUAUGAUAAUUGUAUGACUAUUGCUCAAAAGUUAGCUGUUGAGUAUGUGCAUCCGAGUAUACAGAGGCACAUAUGGUGUGAUUGCGAACAUCUAGGGUUUGAUCAUCAGAACCUGACAGCUAAUAGUGCAUUUGCAAAUAUAGACGUCCUGAAUCCACCCUUAUUUAAGACCGAUCUAGAGAUUCCAAAGGAGCGAAUGUUCGAAAUUUUAAUCAUACAUAAUUUGUUGCUUUUAAUCAACCUUGGAUACCGAGAAUUUAUCACAAUGUUCCAGCUAAUCAGUCCGUUUUAUAUAUCGAGGUCUUUCAACGAACAUACAUUUCCCCCAAACCUAAGAAAACAAGUUCAAAACGAUCAAAAGAAUUUUAUAACGGCUGCAGAAACCAGAUGGAAGACCACACCUCUUAUUGGGUCCGCUGCCAUUCCAGAAGAUGUUAAAUCCGUACGUGAUUUAUUGGAAUACUUACAUUAUGCGAAAAUCAAGAACCUUGAAAACCUAGAGGUCAAGAGCUCUAUUUAUGACGAUAAUAACAUAUACAGGGUUUUUAUUAGAAAUACAUUGCAGACUGCACCACUAAUGGAAAAACAACACCUCAUCACUUCUGACCAUAAUGUCACUCCCCAAAGUAUAUUUAAUGGAGUUAAUCAAUAUGAUUUAGUUUGGAAGUUACAUGAAUGUCUCGGUCGAUUGGUUACAUUGAGGAAUAUACCCGAACAACAUAUGUUGAAGUUGCAACUUUCUAUUUCUCCAGACAAUCACUUUUUGCAUGACACUCGAGAAUCACUAUUUAAGAAAAAUAAUAAAGAGUCGCUGCGACGUCUCGAUGAACUGUGGUCUAGCUAUUGUAACUGGAAGCCCCAGACAAGAGGUCUAAGACAACUACAAGAGAUUCUAAGCGUUCUUUCUUUGUACAACACAGCAGAUGACUUACGGAAGGAUGUAACACGUUAA